CAAACCCACACUCUCUCACACACACCUACACUGACAUACUCUCCGCCUACGCCCUCCUUCCAAACAGAUCAAAAGCACAUGCACGGAGCUCGAGAGUGAGAUAUUUCAUCAAGCACAACGCUCUGCUUUAUCCUGAUUUUGUACUCUCUUGGUUCAACCAGCGUUCAAGGCUGCCAAAUCUGCCCGACCGAACACGCCCACAGGCCAAUCAUCGACAGCCUCACCGUCGCCAUCUGUGCAAAGUUUCUUUGGUUCCACGCCUUGUGUCAAUCACACCCACCUGUAACACUCGAGAAGGAUCAAGUCGGAUCGCGCUCCACACAUCUUCACAGCAGACAUGGCCGGGAAGCUGGCUCAGUUCGGCAACAAGUUGCUGCGUCGCCGUACGUUGGAUUUCUCCAACGAGGAGACGCGCUUUGCCCGCUGUCUGUCCACCCUGGACCUCAUCGCCUUGGGGGUGGGCUCCACGCUGGGCGCUGGCGUCUACGUGCUCGCCGGCGAGGUGGCCCGAGAGAAGGCCGGGCCCGCCAUCGUCCUCUGCUUCCUCAUAGCAGCGCUGUCCUCCAUGUUGGCAGGCUUGUGCUAUGCCGAGUUCGGAGCCCGCGUCCCCAAGACGGGCUCGGCGUACCUCUACAGCUAUGUGACAGUGGGGGAGAUCUGGGCCUUCAUCACAGGCUGGACUCUCAUCCUUUCCUAUGUGAUCGGUACUGCAAGUGUGGCCCGUGCAUGGAGCUCCACCUUUGACAACCUCGUGGAGCAGAAGAUAUCGGUCUUCUUCAAAGCUUCUAUGACAAUGAAGGUGCCCGGCAAUGUGUUGGCGGAGUACCCAGACCUGUUUGCGCUCAUUCUGGUACUUCUGCUCACCGGCCUGCUUGCAUUUGGCGUAAGCGAGUCGGCGCUGGUCAACAAGAUUUUCACCGGCAUCAAUCUGGUGGUGCUGGGCUUUGUCAUUAUCUCGGGAUUCGUAAAGGGAGACACAACCAACUGGAACCUCACGCUGGAGAACUACACCAGUUUCCUGAACGAAAGCAAUAGCAGCAAUGUUGAGACAGAAUUUGGGACCGGUGGUUUUGCUCCGUUUGGUCUUGCCGGCGUGCUGUCUGGUGCCGCAACCUGCUUCUACGCCUUUGUUGGCUUUGACUGCAUUGCCACCACAAGCGAGGAGGCCAAGAAUCCCAUGCGGUCCAUCCCCAUCGGCAUUGUGGCCUCACUCCUCAUCUGCUUCUUUGCCUACUUCGGCGUGUCCGCCGCGCUCACCCUGAUGAUGCCCUACUACCAGUUGAACAUCCAGAGCCCUCUGCCCGAGGCCUUCACUUACGUGGGCUGGGCCCCGGCCCGCUACAUUGUGGCUGUGGGCUCGCUCUGCGCCCUGUCCACCAGCCUGCUCGGAUCCAUGUUCCCCAUGCCCCGCGUUAUCUACGCCAUGGCGGAAGAUGGGCUGCUGUUCCGUGUGCUUUCCCGAAUGAACGCUCGCACCAAGACACCUCUGCUGGCCACCAUUGUUUCUGGCAUUGUUGCAGCUCUCAUGGCCUUCCUGUUCGACCUCGGUGCUCUGGUUGACCUUAUGUCCAUCGGAACAUUGUUGGCCUAUUCACUGGUAGCCAUCUGUGUUCUCAUCCUCAGGUACCAGCCAGGCACGUUGCCAUCAUCCAGCCAAACGGAGAAGCUGAUGGAGCUGGUAGAAGGCGAGAAAGUGGCCGUGAGCGACGGGGACAGCGGCGACGAGUACACUGAGAGUGAGGAGAAGCCCCCAAGGGAGGCUUUCAGCUGCAAACUGCUCUUCUACCCCAGCUCAAAUAUCCCCACCCACGCCUCCGGCCAAAUCGUCUAUGUGACCACCGCCAUCAUCUCCGCCCUGAUCACCAUCCUGUGCAUCAUCCUGGCCAACUGUCUGCCUGCGCUGCUGGCCGGCCACAAAGCCGUGGUCGCGUCUUGCGUUAUUUUGGCUCUGCUGUGCGCCGCCUGCCUUAUCGUCAUCUGCAGGCAGCCCGAGAGCAAAGAGGCUCUGACCUUCAAGGUUCCUCUGCUUCCUUGGUUGCCCCUGUUCAGCGUCUUUGUCAACAUCUACCUCAUGAUGCAGCUGGACAAGGGCACGUGGUGUCGCUUCACCGUCUGGAUGGUCAUUGGUUUUGUCAUCUACUUUUUCUACGGCAUUAAGAACAGCAGCGCCAACCGCUCCUCCCAGCGCAAAUACGAGCCGGCGCUGCAGUCCAAGAGCCCCAUUUACAAGGGCGCCCCCAACGACAGUGACGUGGAAGGGGCCAACAGCCCCUGAUAGCCGCUCACGCAGUCCCGAGAACGGAGGGAGAUGUGGUGAGGCGGUUUGGUGGUGGGGAUGCGGACUUUAGAAAGUAGCCCGAAAGGGAGGAGAGGCAACACAUCUUUUGCCUCUUUUUAUACAGAGGCCAAUAAUAACUGGAUGCUACGGACAGUGUGACGCGUGCUCUUUAUUUUAUUUUAUGUCGUCUGUGUAUAUAGUUAGCCAAGUCGCCUGCUCUCGCCACGUGAACGGUUGUCACAUCGCUCUUUUGUCAUCAUGCGAGAUCCUCCUCCUUCCUCAUCUCCAUUAGUGGAGAUGACAACUAGCGCCUGUGACGCUACGCAGGGAAACGUCAACUUCCUGUCCGCGUCCACUUGAUUGAUUGCACCAGCCUGUUGCUUUGUGUCUGCUGUGUGUGUAUAAACAGGGUAGUGCCGUAGCUAAACGGGCUUGAUGUCCUGUUUUGGACUGAAAUGCUCUAAGGUCAAUAAUGGCACACUAUUCGUAUUGAUGUAAUCUACAUGACACCGCACAAGUUUUUCCUAUUACUUUUGAAUCGGCGACCUCCGCAAUGGACGUUUUCCGUCGCACACUUGUCAAGUCCAAACUUGAGACGGCACCAGAUGAAUUUGAUGCAAACUUGAACUUGUCGUUGACCUUCAGUGUACAGUGGACCAUCCCAAAAAAGUUGCGAUUCCAAUUGAAUUUCAAGUUCCAGCGUCAAAAUACUGUAGAUUUGUUACAGACAAAAGGAACCGCUCGUCAAAUUUCAGUGGACAGUGGAACUGCUGAAGUUGUCAGGCCGGUUGACUUUUUGUGUUGUUUCAGUUUGUCAAACGAACCGAGGACAACAUUGGAAGCUGACUUUUAGUAUUUAUACGCUGGUUGACUUUGAAAUUGUUCUCAUGUCAAAUCAAUCGUUACCCACAUAAACUUGAACUUUUCAUUGACAUUCAGUGUACAUUAGAGCCUCAAGUUCUCACUUCUGUCAACAAAACUUGAACUUCUAGUUGCCGUUCGGUGUACAGCGGAACCAAUGAAAUUGUGAAACCGGGUGGCUUUUUAACUGUUCUCACAUCAAAACCAAUAACUGUCAAAUGAAUCUGCGAGUCCAGUUGUAACUUCUUGUUGACUUUCAAUGAAGAGAGGAACUUACGAAGUUAUGACACUGGCUGAUGUUACAAGUUUUUCAAACAUGAUGAAAAAUUCAAGUCAUACUAACCGUGUCAGUGACAACACUUGAGCUUCUUGUUGACUUUCAGUGUACUGUACAGUGGAACCUCCUAAGUGGUGAUGCUGGUCAGCUUUCAAUUUGUUCUAAAAUCGAAUAGAAGUCAUGACAAAUUAGCCUGUGGCACAGCAAUACUUUUCAUUGUUUUUCAGCGUACAGCAUAACAUAGAAAAGUUGUGAUGACUGUUCAUGCCUACUGCAAUUAAUUUAUAUAUAACGACAGUCCACAGUUAACAUUUCUGUCAUGGAAGUGUAGAAAUUAAUUGUAAACUCAAGUAUGACUCAGCCCAAGAUGCCCAACUAGGCACGCAACGUGAGGACAUGGGCAUUUUAUUGGUAUCGUUUGAGCUACAUAUUGAAUUGUAAAUAGUUGAUAAUUUUAUGAAUUGUGAUCAUUCCCCUUUCCCCCUCUUUGCUAUCAUCAGUAGCCUUCUGUGGUGGCUUUUCAAAGCCAAAGAAAAAGCAAAGCCGCACUUGAAGCUGAAGUCUUGGUUGUUGGACUUUGGAGGUUCCACUCCAGUUUUUACCCCCCCCCCCCUUUUUUUUUUAAACAGUCUUUGGUCACACUAAAUGAAGUAAGAUAUGAGGGGCACUCGAUGAGCUCAUUGACUAAUCAAUCAUGUGUAUCUGUGUGUGUAAGGAAAGAUAGCGCUUCAUGACUUCUUAAUCAUAGAAGACAUUUUGAUGUUCGCAUUUUAGUUUCAGUUGAAACUUAGCAGCUUUGUUAAGAUGUAGUAUUCUUUCUGUUCUGCAGCUGUUUUUACUUAAAUGUGUACAUGGUCGUGUUUAGGAUGACAUGAUUGAAAUUCUUUGUCAAUCAGUUGAUAGUGAUAAGGUUUUUACACUAGGGUGGGCAACCUGUAGAUGUACAUAUAAUUUGCCGGCCGCCAUGCGUUUGUAAAUCAAAUAAAAUUCUCGAAAUUAAAUGGACAUAGGUAUUUAACGGCACAUGCAUAGUUGUAAUAUUAUAUACCACUUUUUUCCCCCUAAAAAAUAUAAUUUUAUUUUCUUAAAUUGAAGUUUUUUUGUGAUGUUUGCAUCAUUUUUUUUGAAUGUAUAUAUAGAAUGUAAAACUAAAAAAGCCCAAUAGUGAAGGGUUUGCCCAUCCCUGCUGUUAAAGGCAGUUGUGUAUGUUAGCAUGUAAAGAGUUUAGUGACUUCUUUAUUUUGUCUUGCAAUUGAGGUAAUCGGCAGUUCUGACCAAAAUGAACUACUUCUGCUCACCUUCUGAAACAAAUGACCUCUUAAGAGUUGGUCUAUAAUGUUAUGUGAUUUUUUAAAAAGUGUCCCCGUGUGUAAUAUAUGUGCUUUACUGUAUAUUGUACAGUACUUGUGUAAGUGUAUUUGUAAAAUUCUGUAAAUUAGACCCCACAACCCUCCACAAAUAUACUUGAUGCUGCUGAAUUAAUGUGGAGGGAUUUUUUUGUUUGUUUUUGUUCAUGUGAAUUCGAUGAGGAAUGCCUCAAAAGAAUCAUCUCUUGGGUGGCGGAAAGUAAAUCUAAGUUUGGGAAUUUUUACGAAAAAAAUCAGAAGGUGUAGGAGUCUGCUUAUCAUACCAUUACAUCCAACCCUUGUGCCUUUCAAAACAAUCCCUCUUUAAAUGAUGCUUUGAUAUCAAUAGCGAUUUGUUCGGUCUUAUUUUCUAAAGUGUACAUAUAGCUGUCAUGUAUAAAUAAACCAGGCUGUACCUUUUUUAAAUUAAAAAAAAAAAAGAAUUAACUCACGUGAGGAUUGUCUUUUUUGUCGUGUUUUCUAAAGUGUAUUUAUAGCGUCAGUAUGUAUAAAGAAACCAGGCUGUACUUUUAUUUAAUUAAAAAGAAAUAUAUAAAU